AUGGAACUCUUGAAAGAUUAUGAUUGCAAUCUUAUACCACCUAGGGACGGCAAUGUUGUUGUAGAUGCUUUGAGUAGGAAAUCCAUGGGCAAUAUCACGUUAUUUUUAGCGCACGUACAAAUUCGUCCAACUAUAGUUGAUGAUAUUAAGGAAGCUCAAAGUCAAGACCCACACUUGGUGAAUAUGGUAAAUAAUGUUCAGAAUGGUAAAAUUUCAUACUUUUCAGGUGAUUCUAAUGGUGUUUUGAGGUUGAAGUCUCUAUUGUGUGUUGCAAAUGUUGGUGGCUUAAGAAGGAAAAUUUUAGAGGAGGCUCAUCAUUCUUCUUAUACUAUUCACAAAGGUUUUAAUAAGAUGUAUCAAGACUUGAGAGAUUUUGUAUUGGUGGGAAGGGAUGAACAGAGACGUAGCAGAUUUUGUCUCUAA